AUGUCACCUUAUAGAUUGGUUUAUGGUCGGGCUUGUUAUUUACCUGUUGAGAUUAAGCAUCGUGCUUUAUGGGCUAUUAAGCAAAUUAACUUUUUACUUGAUGCUGCCAAAGGUUUAAGAAAGUUGCAGAUUUUGAAACUUGAUGAAGCAAGAAGAGAGGCCUACGACAAUUCUCACUUGGCAAAGAAGCGAAUGAAGGCCUUGCAUGACAAGAAGAUCUAUGACAGAUAUCUUGUUCCUGAUCAGAAAGUGCUCAUCUAUAAUUCUAGAUUACAUCUUUUUUUCAGGAAACUGAAAUCACGAUGGAGUGGGCCAUACAUUGUAAAGGAGGUUCAUUCUCACGGGAUGGUAGACAUUAUCAAUCCGAAGAAUGGCAAUAGUUUUACUGUCAAUGGACAACGUCUAAAGUCGUUUCUGACUGCCUUUAAUCCAAACGAAGAGAUCUUGCUUGUGCAAGAUCCCGGGAAAGGUUUUUUAUUUUGA